CGUCGGAACGGCUCCAUUUCCAGAGAGGCUCUGCACGAGAAUCGGCUCUAAUUUUCUAUAAAUAGAGCCACGCGGAAUGUGAUUUUUGUUUGUUUCAAUGAGCCCCGAUGAAGACACCAACAGAACGAUGAGAAAAUUCUCGAAUUCGCUUUGAGAAUGCCGACAGGAAAAUGCUAUACCGCAGACAUUUGUUCCGGGUACAGUCUGAUUGAUUGCAUACGAAAAGCAAUGAAGGGGCGCAUAAUUGACUGUUCGCCGCACCAAGACAUCUACUUUUUGGAGUCGCACAGUGCCAAAAACGAGGAAAGCAACUUGGAAAAUUUAUUCGUUUCGCCCGCAGGCCGAGAAAUGCUUAAAUACAAGCCCCAUGCGAAAUUAAAGCAACAGAAAACUAAUCUCAAUUUAGAGUUUUUCACAUCAAAUCAAAACCCCACGAGACAACUACAGCCGGACAAGGGCCAAGAGACAAAGUCCACAACGAAGAUCGACUUGUACGAAGAAGCUGCCGCCAUUUUAGGCCUCAGCUGUACGCAAACCGACGACUGUAGGUGUAUAGAGUGCCAGGGCCACUAUUUCGAUUUCGAAGAGGAAAUUGAGUUUCCAGUUGCAGGAAACGGCGCCGAUUACGCUGGAAAAUUGCUGAAAAUGGAUCACGCUUCUUCGUGUUCGAUUCAAUAAUAAUCUUUAUACGAAAUCAAAAUGUGCCAAGAAAAUAUAAUUAUUAUAAAAAGACUUCUUGAAUAAUUAAUAAUUAAACAAAACGAUAUGUGAUCGAUUAAUUAUUAUUAUUACUCUGUUGUGGCUCAAACUUCUCGUUUUUGUAACACACAUAUAUUUUUCC